AUUUAACCAACAUGCGCAAUAAUUAUAAGGAACUGUACAAAAAGAGCGUAGACCUGGGCGAGCAGCAAAAGCUGCGCCAACAGCAGCUGCUAUAUGAACAAAAGCAGCGACGCCAACAGCAGCAAGAUGUGCACCGGCCCAUGCCAGACUCUGACGAAGGCGACGAUGAGGAAGCGCCGGAGAAUCCGGAAGGGCAAAGUAAUACGCAGCGGAAACAGGGCAGGCAGCGCAAUCGCGCCAGCAGCAGCAGCAACAGCCGCAAGACUCCACAUUUGCGACUGCAGCAGUCGGAGUGGCUGCGUCAUCGUCCCGAGAACUUAUGCGAUUGGCUGUUGUUGCCCUGCCCGGUGGGCAAGCGCUGCCUGGUCAUCGCCAGCAAUGGACGCACCAAGGUGUACAACAAGGCGGGUCGCAUGACCAUGCAGCUGCGCACGCUGCUGCCGGGCGAUGGUUACGUGCAGAAGUUUAAAACCGUGCUCGACUGCGUGUAUGUGCCGCAACUGGAAACUUUCUAUGUAUUGGAUGCGCUCUCGUUUGGCCAGCAGCAGCUGCUCGACUGCGAUGCCAAUUUUCGAUUCUUUUGGCUGCGCUCACGGUUCGAUGAACGUGGCGAGCUGAGCCAGUGCAGCAAACGCAACGAGAAACCGUUCAAGCUGCUGGAAUACUACGACUUUGAGGAUGCGAACGCUGUGGAGCAAGCGCUGCAACGCUAUCCGCAGUGGGAGGACAACAAGCCGGAGCUGGACGGUCUGCUCUUCUAUCACAAGGAGGCGAGCUACACGUGCGGCACCACGCCGCUCGUCUGCUGGCUGUUUGCCUAUAUGCUGCCCGAUGUGCUCAACCUGCCGGUGCACAGCGGCUACGAGGCGCCGGAGGAUUAUCUGCCUAGUGCUGCGCUGGACUUCAUGGAUGAUUUUGACAAGAAACUGUUGGAGCAGCGACAACAGCACAAGAAAGCGGGUAAAGCAGCCACCGAGGAGCCAGCCAAAGAGCCAGCUGCUGCUGCUGCUGGCUCUGCUGCCAUGGAGCAGGAGCCGGACGAUGAGCUUGAGGAAUUUGCUGAGCUGCGCAGCUUGUUGGAUCGCGAGCGACGUCUGGAGCUGGGCGAACUGGAUAUGGAUUGCAGCCCGGCAUCAUCAGCUGUCGGCGGCAGCUGUUGAGCCUCGUCCGCCUUUCGCU